AGGUAAUAGCCACUUCAGAUGAGAGAGAAGCCUUUACCGACAUUGACGUGGCCAUGCUGGUUGGAGCCAUGCCACGCAGGGAAGGGAUGGAAAGGAAAGACCUUCUUAAGGCCAAUGCCAAGAUCUUCAAGUCUCAGGGGAAAUCCCUCGACCAGUAUGCCAAGAAGACUGUCAAGGUUGUUGUGGUGGGAAAUCCAGCCAACACCAAUGCUCUGAUUGCCAUGAAGUGUGCCCCGUCCAUCCCCAAGGAGAACUUCAGCUGCCUGACCAGGCUGGACCAGAACAGGGCCAAGUCUCAGAUUGCGGGGAAGUGUUCUGUACCGACCAGUGCGGUGAAGAAAGUGACAAUCUGGGGAAACCACUCCUCCACGCAGUUUCCUGAUGCCAUGCAUGCCGUGGUGGUGAAGGAUGGGAAGGACAUCCAGGCUUCGGAGGCAGUCAACGAUGACGCCUGGCUGAAGGGCGAUUUUAUCACUACUGUGCAGAAGCGAGGUGCAGCAGUGAUAGCAGCCCGCAAGUUGUCCAGCGCCAUGUCUGCAGCCAAGGCCAUCUGUGACCACGUCAGGGAUUGGGUCCAGGGAACUGCAGAUGAUGACUGGGUGUCCAUGGGUGUGAUCUCGGAUGGCAACAGUUACGGAGUCCCUGAGGGGCUCGUCUAUAGCUUCCCUGUCAAGCUGUCUGGCGGCAAGUGGACCAUCGUGGAUGGCCUGGCGGUGGAUGCCUUCGCACGCGAGAAGAUGGACGUCACUGCGAAGGAGCUGGUCGAGGAACGUGACGCUGCAUUCGCAUUCAUCGCGGAUUGACUACAUGAAGCUCAGGGGAAGCACAAGCUUUAGGAUCUGCCUGCACAUUUGUGAAAUAUCCUGGCAAUUGUGAUAGGCCUGGAUUUUACGGUUGGAGUGAAGGCGUGUUCCCUGCACCGCAUGAUAUACAUGUAGCCUUAAGAGAGAAAUUAUGAUACAUGUAUCAUGAAAAUUUUAUUAGUAAGGGUAAGUCUACCAAGUAUUUGUUGUCUGCAAGAGAUUGUAAGAUAUACAUAGUGAAAAAGAACACAUGUUCAAUAGAAAGAAAAUUCAUGGCAGCAAUCAAGAAGGCAGCAUGCUUUAGUAUUGCUUGAACUGAUGAAUACUACUGUGUAACAGUACUUGGAAGAAAAAUAAAGACAGCAGGUCAUA